AUUUACAAAAUUCCGACAGUUUCUCGUGUUUUUUCCACUCUCUCUCUCUCUAUCUCUCUCUGCACACACUCACUCAUUCUCUCUCUCUCUCUCUCUCUCUCUCUCUCUCUGUGUGCGCAAAUUUCAGGGGUUUAAAUUCUGUGAUGGUGAAGCUGGUGAUCGGAAUCCUUUUUCUUGGCCUUGUUUUCCAGUUAGUGGCGUCUGCUGUAGAUGUUGACCGCCUAAACAUAUGGCCGAUGCCACAAUCAGUGAGCUAUGGGCAUAAAGUUUUAUACAUGAGUAAGGACUUUGAGCUAAGAACUGAAGGAAGCAAGUAUCCUGAUGCUUCCGGUAUAUUGAAGGAUGGGUUUUCCAGAUUACUUUAUGUCAUCAAUGCCCCUCAUGUUGCCGAUGGUAACAUUUCCCAUUUUCAGCAGUCUCUUGUGCUUCAGGGAAUUAAUGUGCUCAUUUCCUCAGCCAAUGAUGAGUUACAAUACGGGAUUGAUGAGUCAUACAAGUUAUCUGUCGCUUCAAGUGGAGAUCCAGUUUAUGCACAUCUUGAGGCACAAACAGUUUAUGGGGCUCUGCAUGGGCUGCAGACAUUCAGCCAAGUUUGCCAUUUUAACUUCACUACCAGGCUGAUUGAAGUACGUCAAGCCCCAUGGGACAUUAGUGAUCAGCCAAGGUUCUCUUAUCGAGGGCUCUUAAUUGAUACAGCUCGACACUACCAGCCACUUCCAAUGAUAAAGAAAGUUGUUGAUUCUAUGUCAUACGCAAAAUUGAAUGUACUACAUUGGCACAUUGUGGAUUCACAAUCUUUUCCCCUGGAGAUACCUUCAUAUCCCAAACUAUGGAAUGGAGCUUAUUCUAUUUCAGAAAGAUAUACAAUGGCUGAUGCUGCUGAGGUUGUGAGUUAUGCUCAGAGACGAGGGAUUAAUGUAUUGGCUGAAAUUGACGUCCCAGGACAUGCUCAAUCCUGGGGGGCCGAUUAUCCUACCCUUUGGCCAUCAAAGGAUUGUCAGCAGCCACUUGAUGUCAGCAAUGAAUUUACCUUCCAAGUAAUAGAUGGGAUUCUUUCAGAUUUCAGUAAGGUCUUCAAAUUUAAAUUUGUCCACUUGGGCGGAGAUGAAGUUAAUACCAGUUGCUGGGUAACAACUCCUCAUGUGAGGAACUGGUUGAAGAAGCAAGGAAUGAAUGCAUCCCAAGCCUAUGAAUACUUUGUCCUACGAGCUCAGAAAAUAGCAUUAUCACAUGGAUACGAAUGUGUUAACUGGGAAGAGACCUUCAACAACUUUGGCAAUAAGUUAAACCAAAAAACUGUGGUGCACAACUGGCUCGGGGGUGGUGUUGCGAAGCGAGUGGUUGCAGCAGGGUUGAGGUGCAUUGUAAGCAACCAAGAUAAAUGGUAUUUGGACCACUUGGAUACCUCAUGGUCUGAAUUCUAUUCAAAUGAACCACUCACUAACAUCACAAACCCCAAGCAACAAGAAUUGGUUAUUGGGGGAGAGGUAUGCAUGUGGGGUGAAACAGUUGACAGUUCCGAUAUCGAGCAAACCAUAUGGCCGCGUGCUGCUGCUGCUGCAGAGAGGCUGUGGACACCUUAUGACAAGCUAGCCAAGGAUCCUAGGCAAGUCACUGGAAGGUUAGCACACUUCAGGUGUUUGUUGAAUCAGAGAGGAGUAGCUGCUGCCCCAUUGGCCGCACCCGGUCGAGGUGCCCCACGGGAGCCAGGUUCCUGCAACAUGCAAUAAAAAACCAACCGGAUACCCAUUCUAAUUUGAUUGGGAAAUUUCGAUGUUGUCUUUGGAUAAUUUUUCUUCAUAUAUGAAAGAAUGAUUGACCUUGUCCGAUC